AUGCCGAAAGCAGAUUCCCCAUCAGGCUUCCAGCCGCUGAAAGAGACGGCUCUUUUCUCGCCGUUUAAGCUGGGAGCAGUGAAUCUAGAACACAGGGUUGUACAGGCACCGUUGACACGUAUGCGAGCGGUCAAGGAGAGCGAUGGUGUGUUCGUGCCGAAAGACUUGCAUGUCAAGUACUACGAGCAACGCGCGUCCAAGGGCGGUGUCUUCUCAGACUCGCAAUUAUCGGGCUGGAAAAAGGUCACCGAUGCCGUACACGUCAAGGGUGGAUACAUCUUUUGCCAGCUCUGGCAUACCGGACGUGCCUCGCCGCCAUCUUUCCGUGCUGGUGCGCCAACCGUCAGUUCGAGCGACGUUCCCAUGGAAGGCAGCUGGCUCGACGGCGUAGCCUGCGCAGACCACCCACCAAAGCCGCUCACAGUCGACGAGAUCCAAGGCCUCGUCAAAGCAUGGGGCGAAGCAGCAAAGAAGGCGCGCUCAGCUGGCUUUGACGGUAUCGAAAUCCACGGUGCGAACGGAUAUCUGCUCGACCAAUUCCUCCACGACAACGUCAACAAGCGAACAGACGCGUACGGCGGCUCAAUCGAAGGACGAAGCCGCUUCCCCCUCGAAGUUAUCCAAGAGUGCGCGAAACAGAUCGGCGCGGAUCGCGUUGGCAUCCGACUCAGUCCGUACAAUUACUUCCAGAACACCAAGGACAGCAAUCCAAAUGCACACUGGGAGUACUUGUGCGAUAAGAUCGCGUCAUUGCCGCAAGACGUGCGACCUGCAUACGUUCACAUGGUCGAGCCCCGCUUCGAUGAAGUCCUCGACGAACAAGCCAAAAUGGACGCUCUGGCCGCCUACACCAGCAGCGCAGGCGUCGAAGCCGAAGCCACCGUAAAAGCCAAAGGAGGCAACAGCCUCACCAGAUUCCGCCAGGUUCUUUCCAAAGGCGGCGUCAAGUUCAUUGCAGCCGGCGGCUUCAAUCGCGACAAUGCCGCACCUAAGGUUCAGUCUGGCGAUGCCGAUCUGAUCAUCUUCGGGCGCUGGUUCAUUGCGAACCCCGAUUUGCCGAAGAGGCUGGCUGAGGGUCUGGAGUUGAAUGCGUAUGAUCGCAAUACGUUUUAUGGGGCUGAUCCGCCGGAGAAGGGGUAUGUUGAUUACCCGUUCUAUGAGCAAGCAGUGGCUGCGUAG